GAAAGAAGAAGAAGGCGCUUGGGGGCGGGGUGAUGCUGCCGCCUGAGGAGAAGAGCCGCCGCACUACGUCAUCGCUGCGCGCCUCUUCCGGCUUUUCCUCCGUGAGGGCGAGCGGACCAUGAGUCGCCGGAGUUUGCUUCUCCUCCUCCGCUCGGCGCGGGCCGCGUUCCCCGGCGGGACCAGGCCCUUCGGCACCUCCUGCCCGCGGCCUGUCUUCGCCAAGGAGCUUUUUCUGGGGAACUUCCGCAAGGAGGAGGUGUUUCCUUAUCCUGAAAUUAGCAAUGAAGAGUUGGAAGAAAUCAAUCAGUUUGUGGGUCCAGUGGAAAAAUUCUUCAGAGAAGAAGUGGAUUCUAAGAAAAUUGAUCAUGAUGCUAAGAUUCCAAAAGAAACACUUGAUGGGCUGAAGAGCUUGGGUCUCUUUGGCAUGCAGAUUCCCGAGGAGUAUGGUGGCCUUGGUCUUUCAAAUACAAUGUAUGCACGUUUAGGAGAAAUCACUUCUCAGGAUGGGGCUAUUGCAGUCACUUUGGCAGCUCACCAAGCUAUAGGGUUAAAGGGAAUCCUUAUCGCGGGCACCAAGGAGCAAAAAGAAAAGUAUCUACCCAAACUGGCUUCAGGGGAAUACACUGCUGCAUUUUGUCUCACUGAACCAGGAAGUGGAAGUGAUGCUGCAUCCAUCCAGAGCAGAGCUACUUUGAGUGAAGAUGGGAAACAUUUCAAAUUAAAUGGUUCAAAGAUAUGGAUCUCAAAUGGUGGUAUUGCAGAUAUCUUUACUGUGUUUGCAAGAACUGAGGUUACUGAUAAAGAUGGUACAGUAAAAGACAAAAUUACAGCUUUCAUUGUAGAAAGAGCUUUUGGCGGAGUCACUCACGGAAAACCAGAGGAUAAGCUGGGCAUCCGAGGAUCGAAUACUUGUGAACUUCACUUUGAAAACACAAAAAUCCCUAUAGAUAAUGUUAUUGGACAAGUUGGAGGAGGUUUUAAGGUUGCUAUGAAUAUCUUAAACAGUGGAAGAUUUAGUAUGGGCAGUGCAUCUGCUGGGAUGAUUAAAAAAUUGAUUGAAAUGACAGCAGAAUAUGCUUGUACAAGAAAACAGUUUAAUAAGAAGCUUAGUGAAUUUGGAUUAAUUCAGGAAAAGUUUGCCCUCAUGGCUCGGAAAGCAUAUGUCAUGGAAAGCAUGGCCUACCUUACUGCAGGAAUGAUGGACAGCCCAGGGAUCCCAGACUGCUCCAUUGAAGCUGCCAUGGUUAAAGUGUUUAGUUCUGAAGGUGCUUGGAUUUGCGUGAGUGAAGCUUUGCAGAUCCUCGGAGGCCUUGGCUACAUGAAAGAUUAUCCAUACGAACGCUAUCUCAGGGACAGCAGGAUACUCCUGAUUUUUGAGGGAACAAAUGAAGUUCUGCGAAUGUAUAUUGCUUUGACAGGCAUGCAAUAUGCAGGCAAAAUCUUAACUGAAAAAAUAAAGGAGAUUAAGAGGGGGAAUGUGAUGGUGGCAUUGAACGUGUUUUUCAACAAGUUCCGUGACAGCAUGGGCAGAAAAGUAGAUCUAGGAUUAGUUGGAAAAGAUGGAGUGGUGCAUCCCAGUCUGGAAGAAAGUGCCAAGAAACUUGAAGAGAAUGUUUAUUAUUUUGGAGUUACAGUUGAAGGCUUGCUGAGAAGGUUUGGCAAGACUAUUGUAGAUGAACAGAUGGUUCUUAGGAGAGUGGCAGACAUCCUCAUUAAUCUGUAUGCAAUGACAGCAGUUAUAUCCAGAGCUAGUCGAUCUAUUGCCAUUGGUUUGCGUAAUCAUGACCAUGAGGUUCUGCUUACAAAUAUCUUUUGUACUGAAGCUGGUUUCCAGAAUAACUAUGCAAUGGCAGAGUUGGAAAAAUUUGCUCCUGAAAACAUGGAUGACAGUAUUAAAAAAGUGGCAAAGCAAGUGCUGGAAAAGAGAUCCUAUAUUUGUUCCCAUCCACUCGACAGAACUUUCUGAAGGCUGGGAAACAGCAAUUGAAGUGCUUCGUUUUAAACAUACUAAUGGUUGAACUAAAUCCUUCUUGACUAAGAAGCCAAAUGAAUGGGGGACAUUUUAUGAAACAGAAUCUUCAGAAGUGCAAUUAUUAUAAAAUAAAUUGUGCUAAUUCUUUUAUGCCUGAAUAGACAUGACAAGAAUCCACCCACUACAGUGAUGUGUACCAGGUUACCCUCCAAAGGUUGCUGGACUGUAAUGCCCAUCAGCCCUAAUCGGGAUAGCAAGGGGUGAGAACUUUUGGGAGUUGUAAUCCAUCAACUUUCAGAGGGCCACAUACACCCCAAGCAUGGUCUGUGUGCAGCAGAGAAUGACAGGGUUGAGAACUUAUGAGAAAACAAUUGGCUGCUAGAUAUGCUCAGCCUGGAAGAAAACCUAUGAAUGGGAAAGAUAGGAAUGGUCUAAAAGGGAAUCAGCAGAUGGAGCAAGCCUUGGUUUCUGUUGUUCCAGAAGACAGGACUACAGUGUUGAGUAGAGAUGUAACCAAACCUUAUCAAGCCAUAAAAGGAGGGAAAAGAAAGGGGAAGCACUGGGUUUUUAUGUCACGAAAUUAGAACUACUAAUUCAUCCCCCCAAUUUACCUGCAUCAUGCACAUCUUCCGGCAAGAUUUGAUCUUUGAAAGCUGCUUGUUUUGAGGGCAUCAUCUUAUGCUGAAAUGAAUGUUUAUAACAGACUGUUCUGAAACACAAAUAAUUCAUAAAUUGGAAUUAAGUUAAAUAUAUGACAAAGAUAUAUAGUGUCUCAAGAUACAGAAUAUUCAUAUUCAUGAAUUUAAAUUCUUAUUUAAACACGUGUGGUACAAAACAUGUAUGCAGUGUAUGAGGCUUGAGGAAAAGUUAGGUAAACUUCUCUAGAGAUAAAUGUAGAGCUCAAUUUUCUUCAGAUUAUCUAAAAUAAAGAUGUAAAUAUAAUUUUAAACAAGUUUUAGAACAGGAGACUCCCCAUACGAUGUAAAUCUUGGAAUUGUUAAUCCUGCUGAGAUGGGGUUAAUAUAAUGAAGGUGGUACACGUAUCUUUUCUUAAAGCAGGACUUCAUGUUAAAGGUAUGGAAUGUUCUCCUGCUAACAUAAUAUUUUAAUGAUGAAGUCAUGACAAUUAUUUUCCAUUUAGACACACAUGUAAGUUGAUGUAUAAGAGUCAUUCUACUAAGAGGAGAGAGCGCCCAUAAUGCUUCCAGGGGCCAGCACCACCACCAAGUCCUGCCCAGUUCCCAACAGCGUCUCCUCUCCUUUUCCUCAAAAAAAAAGGACUUUUCUUUAUGUGCAUGUCCUCACUUUUUCUUUCUCACAUACUGAUGCAUAUAUAUGCACACAUAGAUCGGUUGCAGCUGCUGCACAUGAGAAGAGAAGGGGGUAAUGAGUAAGAAGCGACUCAGAGGUGAAGGAGCCACAGCUUCUUCCCUGGAGACUGAGGUGCUUUAUGCCAAACAUCAUUGGGGUAGCUUUCCAAAGUUAGCACAGCAGCAAAUGAGGGAGGACAAUCUUCCUCUCUUAUUCACGAUGCCCUAGUGAUGCCAUCUCUCCUUACACCCCCCCCCCCCCCACACACACACACACAGUCCUGCACUCACACCCUGUUCUGGUUCUGGCAGCAGUGAUACCUGGGUGGCAGGGCUAGUGGCAGCCCUGUCAGUAGCUCCAGAACAGCUCUAUAGGCUCACUGACUGCCCACAGACCAGAGGAAAGGCGCCAGAGACAGAACAGGUGCAUGAGCACAGGGCCUUACCAAUCUAAACAGCCAUGGUGGUGUGGUCAAAACAGCAGGUGAGAUGGAGGCAUAGGCAGGGAGAGAAAGAGUGCUCUUCUACUUAAAUUGUGAGCAACCCAGAAGGGAAGGUGCAGCACAGGGAUUGUGAAGGAGGCCCAGAGGAGUGACAUCAUGUGUCCCAUACAGGUUAGAGAUUCUGGAGGUUGCAGCAGUAAUCCCCAGACAUAUAUACUUAUUGAGGCCACUGUUUGCAAGCAUUUAAAAAGACCAGAAGUGAUGCCAUGUUGGAGAAAGUACUUAUACUGAUCCAUAUAUAAGUUGGCUCAGGUUUGUUGGGUUGAUCAUCAGAUUUUUUCAACUUAAACACGAGUGCAUGGAAGUACAGUAGAGUCUUGCUUAUCCAAUAUAAACGGGCCGGCAGAACGUUGGAUAAGCAAAAAUGUUGGAUAAUGAGGGAUUAAGAAAAAGCCUAUUAAACUUCAAAUUACAUGAGUUUACAAAUUAAGCACCAAAACAUCAUGUUUUACAACAAAUCAACAGAAAAAGUAGUUCAAUCCACGGUAACAUUAUGUAUUAAUUACAAAAUUAAUUAUUUACAAAUUUAGCACCCAAACAUUGCAAUGUAUUGAAAACACGGACUACAAAAACAUUGACUACUAAAAGGCAGACUGCGUUGAAUACAGAAUGUUGGAUAAAUGAAGGCUGGAUAAGCGAGACUACUGUAAUUCAAAAGGGAGCAACUGUAACUCUUCAAACGCAUCAGUAGAUCUUUGCAGUUUUAUCUUGUUAUGUCAAUUGAGUAACUUACCUGAAGUCUGCUCCUUUCAGAGUUUUAAAAAAAUUGUUUUGCCUGUCGUAGCAUGGAAUUAUAUUGAUAUUUGCCAUCAAGCCUCGGUGGGGAUCAUCUCCAGGAACAUAUCCUUUACCAAAUCUGACCUCUACCACUUCAUCAAAUUUCUCUGCAACUGGAGUAGGCUAACAGAACAGAAGCAGCAAGUAUCACAACAUAACUUCUUGAUUUUACUGAACAGUUUUGCAACUAAAUGGAACUAGAUGUUCAUUUCAGCCUAAAACUCUUUAUGUUAAAAUAUACUAUGUUAUAACGUUGCAGCUAAAGAGUGAAUGGACACAAAAUCAAUCCCUCUUCAAAUUCUUUAUUCAAAAAUAUGUUGGUGUUAUAAGCAGCAAAUAUGCUGUAAGAUUAAAAAUUUAUAUUUUACUGCUGCCAUUGACAAAAUCAAAACAUUUAGGAAACCAUAUGAACUCGGUAUGCUCUGAUAAUAUGCUGAAAACAGUUCAAUUAUGGAUUGUUGGAUUUGUGAAUAAAGAUGCUUACCUGCAUCUUUAGGGACAACUUCAUAGGUUUAUCCUUUAGGAGGUCUUGGAAACGGUCAAGCUGGCAACUGGCUUUUGGUCCCCUUACAAUGAGCUCAGUGCCUGGCCAGCGCCUAUAGACUUUCAGAGCAGUGUUGCAACAGAUUUCUUUCUUAGGUUCUUUAGUCCAAAUGUGUCCAUUGGAAAAGCAAGAACAGAACAAGAUUAUGAAGUAGCUAUCGGAUAACUUCAUUCAGACUUUAAAAAAAAACCUGGUACCUUUUUCUCAUGUACAGUAGAGUCUCACUUAUCCAACAUAAAUGGGCCGGCAGAAUGUUGGAUAAGCGAAUAUGUUGAAUAAUAAGGAGGGAUUAAGGAAAAGCCUAUUAAACAUCAAAUUAGGUUAUGAUUUUACAAAUUAAGCACCAAAACAUCAUGUUAUACAACAAAUUUGACAGAAAAAGUAGUUCAAUACGCAGUAAUGCUAUGUAGUAAUGACUGUAUUUAUGAAUUUAGCAGCAAAAUAUCACGAUGUAUUGAAACAUUGACUACAAAAAUGCGUUGGAUAAUCCAGAACGUUGGAUAAGCAAGUGUUGGAUAAGUGAGACUCUACUGUAAUUUUUCAAAUUUCUUUCAGUGUAUGUAAUUUUCAACCUGUUUUAAUGAUACCACAGUUUGAGAUCGGAACAAAAAGGUGAAAGGGGCAAAGCAACGGCAAUGCAUUAAUAGUGGGCAAAAUUACCGUAAUGCAUUAACAGUGAACAAGCAUCGCCUCAUUCCAUUGGUGCUCUUUAUGCUUUGACCCAUUGAUUUUAGUAAGCUCAAAGGGGAGGGGGGAUGACUUGGUGGCUCUUGUAAUUAUGUGGCUGUCUGUAACUUGUAUCAUCCUUCAAUACUGCCUAUAUUGGCUGUAACCGCAGUAAAGUCCAAACUAUGGAGUGGUAGUGUGUGCAUAUUCUCCACCAUAGCCUAAUAUGUUUUUUAAACCAAUAAUCACUUUAGAACAUUGCAGUGGUGGUUCUGCACAGGAGCAAAGUCCAUUUGUGUGUGGUGCAGAGACUGUGAGAAGAAGUUUUAAUUUCAGUGAAAGAAGAAUGGAUACCAGUAGAAAAAAGCAAAAUAAAAACUAGCCAUCUAUAACAAGCACCAGAAAGAAAGGUUCCCUUCCCUUAUUAAAAGUGCUGUGCCACGGUUUUUCUGUUUCUUAAUACUAUAGCCACUUUCGCCACAAAUGAAAAGCUUCCAACCAUAAGAUCCAAAAGAGAAGGGGAAACUGCUGAGGCCAUUCUACAUAAUUUUAUAGUGUUGUUAUGGCUGCAUCCACUAAAACGUGAAUAAAACAUAAUGGCCAGUA